UCAUACUAUUCUCCUUGACAGAUGCUACACGCAGUACAAGAGACGCAAUCAAUUAUUCAUCCUCGAUUAACAUAUUUCUAUCAGUUAAAGUAAAAGUCAAGUGAAACUUGUUUAGAUAAACGGGGAAAGCAGUCUUAAUACGGCCGCCCGCCCCCCUCGUUUCCUUCAGCGUCUGACAAAGCGAUCGUCAGCCUUCGGGCGGCAGGCUCACCAGGUUCAUCCAGAGACUUCCAGCCGCUAUCAGUGCGUCCGCGUCUGUCAGGCCCUGCUGUUGACUGCAGAGGAAUUUUCACCUCUGGAUCCGACUUCAAAUAUAAACGAUAAUGCCCACAAUAAAAUUACAGAGCUCCGAUGGGGAAAUCUUCGAGGUGGAUGUUGAGAUAGCCAAACAGUCUGUCACCAUCAAGACCAUGUUGGAAGAUUUGGGAAUGGACGAUGAAGGAGAUGACGACCCAGUUCCCCUUCCUAAUGUGAACGCUGCUAUCCUUAAGAAGGUGAUUCAGUGGUGCACUCAUCACAAAGAUGACCCUCCACCUCCAGAGGAUGACGAGAACAAAGAGAAGAGGACAGAUGACAUUCCUGUAUGGGACCAGGAGUUCCUCAAAGUGGACCAAGGCACCUUGUUUGAACUCAUUCUGGCCGCCAACUAUUUGGACAUCAAAGGCCUGUUAGACGUCACCUGCAAGACGGUGGCCAACAUGAUCAAAGGCAAAACCCCAGAGGAGAUCAGGAAGACUUUUAACAUCAAAAAUGAUUUCACAGAGGAGGAGGAAGCCCAGGUACGCAAAGAGAACCAGUGGUGUGAAGAGAAGUAAAGGGGGAGAACAUCCUACAAACACUACCACACUGAAUAGGAAUUGUCCCUGCUAACUGGUUGCACUGGCGUUGUUCAUAGCUGUCAAUAGUUGCAUUUAGUAUAUUUAGAGCCACAUACCCACUUCCCACAGUUUCUGUAUACUGAUAGCAUGACAAUUUUAACUUGCCUGUGUGUUAUUAAUUUAAAUAAAUAAGAAAAAAAAAAAGCUCUUUUCUUUUUCCACGCAUUGUGUAUUCACAUAAAAACGGUAGUUCUGGUUUCUGGUUUCACGGCUUUGUACCCCUAAAGAUUAGAAGACAGUCCUUUCAUAUUUUCCCAAUUAUUAACUGCAAUGGUUGUCUUUUUUACUGGACAUGUUUGUUCUUUUAGGUUUAAUUGAUUGAAUAAAAUGGCUUUUUUGACAAUGGAAAUGGUGAAUAUUUUACUUUUGCUCUGUAAAUGCAUAUGUUACGUGAAGCAAUGUUAAGAGAGGAUGGGCUGUUUCAAGAAAAGGAAAAAAAAAGUGAAGUUUGAGGUGGAAAGAUGUUUUUUUUGCAUCAUGUCCUUUUGGACUCGAAGUACUUGUGCGUUGUCACACAGCAUCGGAUAUCUCACUCCUAAAAUCCCGUUUUAUUGAAUUGGAAGCUUCUUUUUUUUGUCAGAUGAGCUCUGAUGCUGGCUUUUGGGAUGUUCAAACAUAUAUUGAAGGAGUAAAUAAAAUGUAUAAAAAGGG